AUGCAGUUCCAUACAAUCAUAGGCAGCUUGGCCGUCAUGGCCUCCUUGGGAGCUGCAAACCCGUUCAGCGCAAAACAACCAAUCAACCAGUUCAUGUCCCACGACAUCCUCCAGUUCAAAGGAAUCGCAAAAAGCCGGACAUCACCGAGGGCUGCCUGCAACGAGCAAGAUCACGGAAGCUGGAGGCGCCCGAUCACGGCCUGUAUACGGGCUCAAGCUCCGGCAAGGUUUUGA